AUGACGAUGUUCCUGCGUCUGCCCUUUGUUCCCCGGCUCGUGGGGCAUGGUUCUCCCGUUGACUUGGCAAUCGGCAUUCUUGGGCUGAAACAUGUGGACCUUUGCAGGUUGAGGAUUCAGGAACAGGAAACGCCUGCAGGCCGUCCCUGCCCACGCUACGCAGAGCUGCGUCUGCUGCGCCUGUGCAUUGAGCGUCUCGAGGCCCGGGGCGCUGAUGAGUGGUGUUGUUGGCCAAGACAUGGACGAGCAGAUGUGCGCUUGACAGCGGCGCCACGCCGAGUGCAGUUGGCGCUGGUGCUCCACGCUGUGAGGGAAGUACGGGGCACAGAGAGCUUCGCCCUGGGAGCGUUGACAUUGGGUCACACAGCAGAGCUCGACUUCGUCACCUGCGAUGCUUCGUUUGUCUGCAAAGGGCAGCACCAUCCGCAAUACAGAACAGUUGGGGUUGUGGCUGCUAACGCAGCCAUGACCGGAGGGCACGGCGGCCGUUGGUGGAUGGCAAAGCGCAAAGGUUUGUCCAAGCUCCUCUGUCAAAGGGAUGGGACCACCCGCAGCGGGAAGUGGAGAGGCGGGUGCGCGCGGCGCUGGUUUGUCUGCCACCAACACAGCAGACUCACUUGCAGGACCUCAUGUCGACUAACAGGCAGUUGGAGGCCCCGGGCAGCCCACGGAGCCGCAACCCACACGACGACGCAUCGACAUGUCGCCCGUUUCAUGGCUAUUUUUGCCGGGCUCUGUCGCUCGCCAGAGGCGCCUUCGCGCAGGGCAAGGCACGCCUCGGUGCAUCACGGCGCAGCGCCGCACGGCACCUGGCCCGGCCCACUCGCCGCCCGUGGUUAA